UUAUAUUCAAACUUAUCCCAACUCUCCCCACCUCACCACCCACUCCCUCCAACAGCCGCUUCAAACCUCUCCGAUGCCACCUCCGGCCAAAACCCGCAACAAAAUCCGCCAAAUCGUCCGCCUCAAACACGCCAUUCAACGCUGGCGCCACCGCUGCAUCACCACCGCCUCCUUCACCUCCACCUCCACCUCCGACUCCGACUCCGAAACCGAAACCGAACGCCGCCGCACACCGUCCGCCGGAACCCUAGCCGUCUACGUCGGCUCAGAACGACACCGUUUCGUCAUUCCGACUCGCUUCCUCAACCUACCGGUGUUCUUAUCCUUACUCAAGAAAGCCGAAGAAGAAUUCGGAUUCCAAACAACCGGCGGAUUAGUUAUUCCUUGUGACGUCACUUUUUUCAAGAGGUUGUUGCAGGUUUUGAAUCGAGACGAUAACGGAUUAUCGAAGCUUGAUUUGGACGAUUUCACGGCGAUGUUUGCCGAUUUGAAUAUCGAUUCUACCGCUCAUUGUAAGGAUGUUAAUGUUAACGAUUUUUCUAACGGUUUCAAUCUGUCACAGAAAGCUAGGGUUUGAAAUUUGAAAUGUGAAAUAACCGCUUGUGUGAUGUCACAGGUUCGUUAUUCGUAUCCUCUGUUUUUUUUUUGUUAAUUUGGGGGUAUGGUUAUGGUUAGGUUAUGCAUCCUUGGGCUCAAUUGGUUGUUGAUGUAUGGUUGAUUGGGUUCUAAUGAGAUGUUGUUUCUGGUCAUUGUUGUUUUGAGUAGUGAAAUUUUGUUGUGGUAAUGGUGGUUGAUGAUGAAUGUUUAGCUUUCUCUUG